UGGGCAUUCAAAUGUUGUUGGGCAUUAUUGUUGUUGUCGGUGGAGUGGAGUGGAGUAAUACCACUUCUUUUCAAACACUAUCUGUUCAAUUCUCUCUCCUUAUUCUAUCUUUGAGCCAACAUACAAGGAUUCACACACCACACUUCCGACUUCCGCCUUGAAGCCUCCCAACUCGUGCGUUCGAGUUCUGGCAACUCUUCUCUAUCCACAACCCCUCUCAAGUUUCUGGAUCUUUGUUUAAUUGUAUUGAAGUUUAUUGUUUUUCGAUUUUGUGAUUAUUUGUUGAUUUUGGGUUAGUUAUUUUUUUAUGUUGGGUUAGAAUUGGAAGGUGAAAUUACCUUUUUUCUUUGAAUCAUGAUCUUCGAAUCAAUUAACUGCAUAAACAAUUCAAACAGUUCUUAGGAACUUAUUAUUUGAUGAAUAAUAUCCCCCCCCCCCAAAAAAAAUACGGUUUAUUUUUGUGCGUUUUUUUAAUUUUGAUUUCUGAUAUAAGAGUGUUAAAUAAAGGUAAUUUUAAUUUUAAUUUUGAUUUCUGAUUUCUGAUUUCUGAUUUCUGAUAUAAGACUACUGAAAAGCCUAAUAAACAUAAGUAUAUGUGAAGAAAUUGGUCUUUUGAUGGUUUAAUUUGUUAUUAUUAUUGUUUUAGUUUAACAACAAUGCCUCCUAAGGAAAGGACUACAUGGGACCCUAAGGCAACAGAGACAUUUCUAGAUUUGUGCCUUGAAAGUAAAAGCAGUGGUAGUAGUAAGUAUGAUUGGGAAUCCAUUAAGCAGCGUUUAAAUGCAAAAAUUAAGUAGGAAAAAUUUCGAAAAGAAAGUGGUGGAAAACUAUUAUAGUGAUUGUAGAAACAGAUUUAAGGCUUGGCAUGAACUGAAGACCAAGUGGACUGGAAUUGGUUGGAAUGAAUAUGGAUGUGUGCAAGUUGAUACAAAUUCAGAGAAGUGGAAAUCUUUCGUACAUGUAUAUUCUACCUUUUUUAGUUGCUAUGUAUAUUCUUUUAUGUAUUGGUAUAUUAGUAUAUUAUGUCUCGGGUCCUAAGUCGUAUUUUGAGUAAACGUUGUAUAAAAUCAUUGUAUAUCAAGCAUGACUAUAAAUUCAUUAUAUAUCGAGCAUGACUGAAUAUUUGAAACAACAUUAUGUUUAACAAAUCAUGCAAAUAACAUAUAAAUUGGGGGAUUUCCCGUAGCUUCAAUUUGGUCGAGCUUCCCUGCUUUCUUGUAUAUUCCGCUAUGCAUAUUAACAAAAAAAAUGACAUGAAUUUUUUGUUAUUUAUUUCUACAUAUAGCUGCAUAAGGGGAGACCUUCAGCCUUCUUGAAGAGGCCUUUACCAUUUGAGCGAAAGAUGCAGGAACUCUUUACUGGAUCAUUUGCCACUGGAAAUCUAGCUUGGGCUAAUAAUUCCACAGGCCCAAGUUUAUUUGACCUAGCAAAAGUGGUAGAUAUUUAAGAAGGAUCAGGAGACUCCAAAGAUGGAGAACCAGAGGAAGGCAAAGGAGAUGAUAAAACUGAUGGUGCUGAUACAACUAAUGAUGCUGCUGAUACAACUGAUGAUGCUGGUGCUGAUGGUAGUAAGUCCCUAGUUAAGAAGACUUUAUCCGGGGAAAAACGCAAAAGUGUUGAUGUUGGACAAUCAUCUACCAAGAAAAGUGUGAAGGAUGACCUUCAAACAUGUAUGGAUGUUUUGAGGAAAAUUAUCCAUUUAGGGUCCUCCAAUGCACAAUCAACCCCACCACCCUCUUUAUGUGAGAGGAUAAUUUCAACUUUGCAAGACAUUCCCGAAAUUACAACUCAUGGGAAGAGUUUCAUUAUUGAUUGUUUGAAUUACCUACGUGAUCCAGAGAAGAACGGGGAAGUUUGGCUUGGUCUCCCCGAUAAUGAAAAUAGAGUAAUUUUCUUGAAGAAAAAAAAUCACUUUUCCUAGUGAUUUUGACACUCAUGAAAAUCAAAGUGUGUUUGACUGAGCUCGGCAACAUUGUUUGGUUGCCAGACUUGUUUUGAAUUUUACUUGUGUUGGAGACUACUUAUUUCUAAAACUUAUUUCAACUUUUAUGGAUGUUUGAUUUCAGUUUGAUUUGGCUUUGUUGGUUAGCCUGACUGCUAUUGGAAAUGUUUGGAAAUUAACAACAUUGAUGCAAGGAUAGAUACUUUUUGAUAAUCGUUAACGUUACUAAUACUUUUUCCAUUGCUAGGCACGUAGAAAUGGACAAGUCGUUGGUUGAAAAUUGUAUGAUGUAUAUAGCUGCGCAUGAGCUAAGAAGAUUGUUAACAAGAAUGGACCAGAUACCCUUACACACUGGAGGUGAACCUGGUUGUCAAUGGAUACACAGGUUAUUGACUGGUCAUCCAAACUUAUGCAAAGAACAACUAAGAUUAGAAAAGCAUAUUUUCAUCAACCUUGUAAGCAUUCUCUUGGAAAGAAAGCUAAUAUCAGAUGGAAGGUAUGUACUUGUCGCUGAGCAAGUUGGCAUAUGCUUAUUCAUGUUAGCAAAAGCAAAUUCAUAUCGUGAUGCAGCUAAAAGAUUUCAACACUCAAUAUCAACCAUUGGUAAUUACAACAGAAAGGUAUUGGAGUCAUUGGUUGCAUUGUCAAAAGACCUUGUUCGGCCUUAUCAAAGUUUAAAUGAAAUUCCUACCAAAAUUGCCAACGGUGCCAAGUAUUUCCCAUUUUUUAAGGACUGUGUUGGUGCUCUAGAUGGCACCCAUAUAGAUGCAAUAGUGGGAGACAAAGUCGGACAACCAUUUAGAGGUCGUAAAGGGAUCAAAACGUGGAAUGUCUUGGCUUCUUGCUCUUUUGAUAUGCUUUUCACAUAUGUUUGUGUUGGGUUCGAAGGAAGUGCACACGACACGACAGUUUUAAGGCAUUGUUUAGGAAGUUUAGAAAUGGGAUUCCACCAUCCACCUCCAGGAAAAUAUUACUUGGUUGACUCCGGAUAUCCAAACACUAUAGGAUAUUUGAGUCCAUACCAAGGAAGAGGUUUGCGAGUUCAUACUCCUGAAUUUAAAAACAGUCCUGCACCAAGGGGGAAGUUAGAGCAUUAUAAUUAUCGACAUUCCUCGUUACGUGGCACCGUUGAAAGAAUUUUUGGUGUGUUGAAAAAUAGAUGGAAGGUUUUACGAAUGAUGCCGAAGAUGGAUGAUGCAUACCAGUUGGCUAUCAUCGUUGCAACAUGCACCCUACAUAAUUUUAUCCGUUUACAUGAUUUGGGGAUUCCAAUUUCCCAAGUUGUGGAAAACAUGGAACCAAGGGUAGACUUCAAUUUGAUUGAAAAAACACGAACAAAGGCAAUGGAAGUUGUUCGUGCAAAAAUUGCAGAGGAAAUAUGAGAGGAUGUUAAGAAAGGGAACACGUUCCUUAGAAAGGACACCAUCGAAGAUGAAGAAAUAUACCCAGAUGAUUAAUUUUAAAGAACCCGUUAAUAUGAUGUAUAACUUAUGACAUUGGUAAGGGCACCUGGGUAUAUAUUCCCAAACAAUUUCUUUUCUACAUUUAUGUUGUAGAUUGAUGCACAUAUCUUUUCAAGGUUGCACUACAACUUGAUUUAUUCAAUCAUAUGGAGUCUUGUUACUCCUUUGAAGUA